AUGGCUAGCGUGAAUGCUCCCACAACUCUCACCAGUGAGCUCUUCCAUGCGCUUCCAUGCCUGCGGGAGAAUCCAACCGAUAGUGUGCUCACCGCCGCACUGCUGCAAUAUUGUCAGGAUGAAGAUCUGGUAUCCGCUGCAGAUUUACUACUGCGGUUGAUGGUGGAUCAACCUCAUGUGCAGCGGCGUAUGACACGUUCUGUCGAGAAUACACAUCGACAUGUGCCGUUGCCUCAACCUGGAGAUUUGCAGAACUUCACAGAUAAGGUGCUAGAAGCGCUAUGCGAUCGACAUGUGUCACAACUAUCUGAAAACUCAGGUGCUGCUGGGAGGAGUGUGAGGGCUCGCGGUAGCGGUUUUUCUUCGGUAUCAGUGAGUGUGUCGGACAUGCUGGCAACUGCAGCUGCAUGGGGAAAUGAUUCCGUGAAAUUGGAGGGGCUGGCACCUUUGCAGCCAACUAACCGGAAAGUUCACUUCUUCCCAACAGGCUGCUCACUGGUGGACCGCCUGCUCGCAGGAACCCCGUCAAAUGCCACGGGUGGUGCUCUUGAAGGCGGGUUUUGCGCUGGACUUCUCACGGAGGUGCAUGGUGAAGCAGGAAGCGGAAAGACACAACUUGUAUUACAGUGCUUAUUCCAAUGCGUUGCUAGGCAACAGUGUGCUCUGUAUGCUGUGAAUCACUUACCCGAGCUGUUGAUCAGCUCAGGCGAUGGUGUUGGUGACAACACGUUUAUUGAUAGUUUGCGUGGCUUUGCAACUGAAAAGGUGGCGGCUCUUUAUAUUGUGUCUGAGGGCGUUCCUGCCAGCCGACUUGGGCCACUCGCAACAGGGGCGCUUCAUAGAGCAAAAGCGAUGGUCCUUUCCGCGGCUUCCCGUCAACCGUCUAUUGACGUGGAGCUUUUGAAGGCUCGUCUUGAUGAAUUCGUGACGGAACGAACUGUCGUUGCCGGUGUGGGGAUUCGACCAGUUGAUGGAGUUGGGGCGUUGUUACGACUGCUAUCGGAUGGUACGCUGUCUAGUGCCUUCUCAUCUUUAGGCAAUACUGGGGUGGUGGUUGUAGAUUCCAUUGCAGAUGUAGUGGCUGGUGGAUCUUCGGGCGAGGAGAUGAACCGUUGGGAAAUUUCCACUACCGUAGCAUCUGUGGGGAGUUUGUUGAAGUCAUUCGCAGUUAAGGAAGGGGCUGCCGUGGUAGUAACGAAUCAAGUUCGCACGUCGCUAUCUGUUUCCGGUGAGGGGAUGAUACGCCGCCACACACCAGUACCCGCGUUGGGGAUGCAAUGGGCCGUUGCUCCUCAUGUCCGUGUAAAUCUGCGGCGACCGCAAAAUACGGCAAACGCAUCGCGUCGGCAAUUCACGAUAAUAUGCGGCCCUGCUCACCAACCCGCAUAUUGCUCUUAUUUGAUUUGUAACGAAGGUAUAUGCAACGACGAAUGA